AUGUACCUGAGAGUAGCCACACUGUGUCUCCUGCUCUCUCUCAUUCCCGAAUGCUGCCCUCGCGCCCUCGGUCGCCCGAGCAACGGGCUCCGGGAGUGCCGGGCCAGCUCCGGGACCACGCCUGCGCUGGAGGUGCUGCCCGGAGGGGGCUGGGACAACCUGCGAAACGUGGACGCGGGCCGGGUGAUGAACCUCAGCUACUCGCUGUGCCAGACCUCCGAGGACGGCGCCUACCUCAUCCCGGACGAGGUCUUCGUCGUCCCGCAGAAGAUGAGCAGGGUGGAGACCAACUCGGAGAUUAUCACCAGCUGGCUGGAGCAGCGCAGCUCCACGGCGCACUCCAUCAAUGGGGACGUCUCCUUCUUCUCCGUGCUCAACGCCAAGUUCUCCACUGAGAACCAGCGCAUGAAGACCCACCAGGUCAAGGAGGGGUCCGUCACCACCCGCGUGCAGGUGCGUAACUUCAUAUACACCGUGAGGGCUCACCCAGAUUUCACGCUGGACACCAGCUUUGCCCAGCAGGUGGCAGAAAUCGCAGAUGCCUUGGAAAACAACCGCUCACGGCAAGCCACAUACCUCUCAGAGAAGCUGGUGCUCGACUACGGCACACAUGUGGUGACGUCGGUGGACGCUGGCGCCACCUUGGUGCAGGAGGACUACCUGCGGGCAUCCUUUGUGUCCGACAGCGAGACGGCUCGAUCCUCUGUCACUGCCUCAGCUGGCCUCAACUUCUUUAAAAAGGUCAACUUUGGCACGGGUGGAGCGGAAUCGCAUGAGACUGCAGAAACCCGCACAUAUGACGGCAACACCAUCUACUCCCUGAUUGAGAGCCACGGCGGGGUCCCUUAUUACCCAGGCAUCACUCUGCAGAAGUGGCAAGAAAGCAUCACCAACAACCUGGUGGCCAUCGAUCGCGCCGGACUGCCGCUGCACUACUUCCUGAACCGCGCAACACUCCCGGACCUCCCGGACCCCACUGUUCAGAAGUUAGCUGUGUCGGUGCGUCACGCAGUGAGGCGUUACUAUGACAUCAACACCCGCCCGGGCUGCGUCAAGCCUGACUCCAAAAACUUCAACUUCCAGGCUAACGUGGAUGACAAUUCCUGUGAGGGCCCGGCCACCAACCUCAGCUUUGGUGGGGUGUACCAGCAGUGCACUAUGCUGUCCCCCAAUGCUGGUCCUCUGUGUCAGCCACUGGCAGUGAAGAACCCAGACACAGGAGACUUCUCCUGUCGCCAGCCCUACAGUGCAACCCUGCUGCGCUCUGAGGUGCGGGAGGAGGGCUACAGCCAGUAUGAGUGUCAUGAGCAGUGUAACAGCUGCUUGCUGUUCUUCUCCUGCUGCAGCCACGUGUGUGGGGAUGCCUACUAUGUCCGACGGGCACGUGUGGACACUUACUGGUGCUCCACUAGUGGCAAAGUCAAAGAGUUCUCAGGCUACCUAUUUGGAGGGCUGUAUAGUCCAUCGCUCCAGAACCCUCUCACCAAAUCUCACAGCUGUCCUCCCAGCUUUUUCCCACUGAGGCUUCUAUCUGAGGGCCUGAGUAUCUGUUUGAGCAAGGACUACGAGGCUGCCACAAGGUUCUCCGUGCCUUUUGGGGGGAUGUUCAGCUGCAGCUCUGGCAACCCUCUGGCUGGGGGCCAGCAGCGCUGCCCUCCACAGUUUAGCCAGCACAUGGUGGCCAUAAGCGAUGGUUGCCAGGUGCUUUACUGUGUGAAGUCAGGUGUCUUUACAGAGGGUCAGCUGCGGCCUAUCCGCCUGCCGCCCUUCACACGCCCCCCACUGAUCAGCAUGACCGCAACCAACACCGUAGCAGUGAUGACGGAGGGUGACCGGGCCUGGAUCAAAGUGGGAACGACCAAGAUGUGGAAACUGGCCGAGCCGGGAGAGGUCCAGAGGAUGGCGCAGAUGUUUGACAAGUCCGCAUCCCAGCUGCCAGGGGGCCAAAGGUUUGGGGUGGCCAUUGGGGUGAUUGCGGUGGUUGCCAUGGUAAUUGGGGGGAUCGUCUUCAUGCUGAAGAGAAGGAAACGAUUCAGACCAAGAGAGAGCGGAGGGUAUGAGGAGAUUCGAAGCGAGGUGCAAGGUGAGGCAAUCCCAGGGGCUGAUACCGAGGCAGAGCCAAAGAUGGAGCGGCAAGAUUCCACCCAGCCUUUGCUUCCCUGA